AUGGCAACACAAACUUUCCUCUGUAACAACACCUCCUUCAACUUCAACUGCACCGUACCCGGUAUGAAUAAGACUCAUACACCUGCUACCACCUGCCCCGUGUGCAAGGUUCCCGCCUCUACCUUCUGCCACAAGUUCGGUCACUUCACUAGUAAGACCAGCUCCGGAUCAGGAACUGAUGGAGAUGGCGAUGUCCCCAUGGAUGGCUCCACCUGUACCUCGUGGAAUCCAACUCGGCCGUCUCACACUCAGCCACUGAAGGACAUCGAUAACGACGUUAUCAUGGGGAACACAGACACGGGGAUUAGCCUUAGCAGGGCGGGAAAGCAGCAGGUCUCUUUGUCCACGGACACAGCGGACAAAAUGGACAUAGAUACGUGGACCGUAGGCGCGAGCGGGAGUAUGUUCACGAGUAUGUUAUCAGGCGGACAGAAGCCAGCGGCAAAGGAAAUUGCAUGUUGUUCAAACGAAGAUUAUACUUCGGAUGUAUGGUAA